AAAAACCAGAUUACAUUUCUGUUGCAGAUCAUAAAGCUUCACUUCUCGUUUCGACGAACAAAGGUUUUUUUUUUGUGUUAGCACCGGAAGAAGAUGAGUGACAAUCUAAUGGACAAAGUAAGCUCAUUUAGUGAGCGUCUCAAGAUUGGAGGUUCUGAGGUGAGCAAGAAAGUGAGUGCUGGUGUGAGCUCGAUGAGUUUCAAAGUGAAGGAACUUUUCCAAGGUCCUAACCCAACUGAUAAGCUAGCCGAGGAUGCUACUUCAGAGAAUCUAGAGGAACCGGAUUGGGCCAUGAACUUGGAGAUAUGCGAUAUGAUCAAUCAGGAGAAGAUCAAUAGCGUUGAUUUGAUCCGCGGGAUAAAGAAGAGGAUAAUGAUGAAGCAGCCGAGGAUUCAGUACCUUGCCUUGGUUUUGCUUGAGACGUGUGUUAAGAAUUGUGAGAAAGCCUUCUCUGAGGUUGCUGCUGAAAGAGUCCUCGAUGAAAUGGUUAAGCUAAUUGAUGACCCUGAAACUGUUGUGAACAAUCGGAAUAAAGCUUUGAUAUUGAUUGAAGCUUGGGGGGAAUCAACCAGUGAACUCCGCUACUUACCAGUUUUCGAAGAAACUUACAAGAGCCUAAAAUCAAGAGGUCUCCGCUUCCCUGGACGUGACAACGAGAGCUUAGCACCUAUUUUCACACCUCCUCGAUCAGCUUCAGUACCAGAAGUGAAUGUUGCUCAGCAUGUGAAUGAGCAUGCACAUGUGCAGUACAAUGCUCCUCCUGUACAAAGCUUCACUGUGGAGGAGACAAAAGAAGCUUUUGAUGUUGCGAGGAACAGCAUUGAACUUCUUUCAACGGUUUUGUCCUCUUCACCUCACCAGGAAGCUUUACAUGACGAGUUGACAAUUACACUUGUACAGCAAUGUCGGCGAUCCAAAAGCACUGUUCAAAGAAUCAUCGAGGCAUCUGGAGAAAACGAAGCCCUUUUAUUCGAAGCAUUGAAUGUAAACGACGAACUAGUGAAAACGCUGUCAAAGUAUGAAGAGUUGAAGAAACCGUCUGCACCAUUAGCUGCACCUGAGCCAGCCAUGAUCCCUGUUGCUGCUGAGUCUCCCAUUCAUGCAAAAGGAGAAGAAUCGCUGGUCAGGAGAUCCUCGGGUGGUGCUCAUGGAAGCAGCAGCGAUGACAUGAUGAUGGAUGAUCUCGAUGAGAUGAUAUUUGGUAAUAAAGGUUUUGGUCAUUCUUCAUCUGAAGCUGCGACUGGGAACGACUCGAAGAAGCAGCAAUCUUCUAAAAACGACGAUCUCAUUCGCUUCUGAGAUGUUUUUUUUUUGGGUUGAGAAAACUCUAGUGGACUGGUGUUUGAACUUGGGAAUAUGAACAGUUUUUAUGUAAAUAAAAUUAUCCUUCUUGAUUUCUGACUUGACUCGUGUGAGGGGUUUAUUAUAUAGAAAAAGAGAGAUUUAAACAGAA